AUCAAAAUUCGCAGUACUAUUUAUAAGCAGAGCACUUGACAUUUUGACACCAAAUUCCAAAACAACGAUCUAGACACGAAUGGCUACUUGCAAAACAAAGUUACGCGUUUGCUUGCUGCAAUUUGCGGCAAAAGAGGGUCUCACCGAAACACUAACCCACCUGGAUGAAAUGGUUUCAAAAGCUGUCAAUGAUCAUCAGCCGGAUAUAAUUUCACUUCCGGAAUUGUUUAAUUUUUCGUACUGCACUGAAUUACCAAUCCUAGAAGCGAUGGCCGAAUCAAUUUCGUACGGUGCAACAUUUCGCCGACUCUCCACUCUGUCGAAACAGUUUAGCAUUUACAUUGUAGGCGGUUUAGUCGAGCGUGACGGUGACAAUCUAUAUAAUACAGCAGCUGUGUAUGAUCCAAACGGCGAAUUGAUUGCAAAACAUCGAAAAGUUCAUUUGUCCAACGCCCAUAGUGACGUGGUCGAUAUAGUCGAAGUGGAUAGGUUCCAACCAGGCAACGAGAUUACCACAUUCGAAGUGAAUGGGUUUAAAUGUGGUCUUGCCAUUUGUUAUGAUGCAUUUCUUGAUGAAUUUGUCAAAAUUUACGGAAGGGAAGGUUGUGAUCUAAUGAUCUUUCCCGUUGCAUUUCAUGCCUCGUAUGGAGAUACAUAUUGGGAAUUAAUACAACGGGCUCGAGCUCUUGACAAUCAAAUGUUUGUUGCCGCUGUAUCACCGGCACGCAAUGAACAAGCUUCAUAUGUUGUAUAUGGUUAUUCGAUGAUUGUUGAUCCAUUGGGAAAGGUGUUGACUAAAGCAGGCAUUUCGGAGGAAAUUGUUUUCCAUGAAAUUGAUUCAACGGCGGCUCAAAAGAUUCGCACCGAAGUUCCCGUCAUGUCAACAUCCAGGCGAGUCGAUGUUUAUAAAAAAUACAGCGAUUACUGAACUGCUGACAGAAUUCGACUUGAAAAAUGGCAUUAAAUAUACCUUGUUUGUCUUUGUCUAUAGACAUAUAUUCUGUUUGAAGAGGAAUAAAGCUCUUUCAUUUGAAAACACUA